AUGGCAGCCGCUGUCGUAUCAGGCAAAGACAUUGAGAAGCCACAGGCUGAGAUCUCUCCUGUUCAUCGCAUUAGGAUUACCCUGACAUCCCGUAAUGUCCGCUCAUUGGAAAAGGUCUGCUCUGAUCUUAUCAAUGGAGCUAAGAAACAAAAACUGCGUGUCAAGGGUCCAGUCCGCAUGCCAACCAAGAUCCUUCGCAUCACAACCCGUAAGACACCUUGUGGUGAAGGUUCAAAGACCUGGGACAGAUUCCAGAUGAGAAUUCACAAGAGAGUGAUUGACCUUCACUCACCCUCAGAGAUUGUGAAACAGAUCACAUCAAUCAAUAUCGAGCCUGGUGUAGAAGUGGAAGUAACCAUUGCCGAUGCGUAG